UACGCACAUGUCACAAUUCACAAUUUCUCUCUUGUAUUCACAAGUUUAUUUAUUUAUCUUUCUUUUCUUCAAUUUCUCAAUAAAUCAAGUAUAGAGAUUAUUGAAUUUACAUGAAUAAUUUGACUCCACUACUGAUGAAAAAUGCCAAUAAAUGUUGAAAUGUAGAAUUAAACACUAUCGCUUUAUAUGAAAGUAUAACUUUAAUUCUCAAGAUCGAGAAGUUAUCAAGCCACGUGAAUUAUCAACAAAAUCCAUACCAUUCGGAAUUUCGAAAAAUAAGGAAUUAUUCGUUUUAAAAAAAAAAAGAAAUGGAUACAAGCGUAACAACAACGGAAAGCGAAAAAUCAGGAGAAGAAUCACUUCACGAAUCGCUUGGAGUUACAAAUUUCAGUUGGAUUGUAAAAAAUUACGACAAUGUUAUUUCUUCUGAUGGAGUAAUUACUUCAAAUGUAUUCCCAGUGGAGGGCACUCCAAGUUUGAAGUGUACCAUUCAAAUCGACAAAAUAGACAGUUCUUAUUGUUCAUCGCGAAUAAAAGCAGGCGAUUAUGUCCACUUUCAAAUAUUCAACGUCCAGUCGGAAUCACAUUUUUCAGAGAAAAUUUUCAAAAUAAAACUAGCACUGGGAAUAGUUCGCAAGAAAAAACUCUACUUCAAAAAUAGAUGCGCAAUUUCAAGAUUUAAAUAUUUUAUCGACGAAAAUGAAAUAAGAAAAAUCCUCACAAACAACGAUUGUCUACAUUUAAAUCUACAAAUUAAACAAUUGAGCACUGCGAAAAAAUCAACAAUCGAAAAUAAUUUCCAAUCAUUCUUUCUCAAUGACACACUGAGUGAUGUGACAUUUAAUGUCGAAAAUACAAAUUUUCCAGCUCACAAAAUUGUCCUUGCGUCAAUGAGUCCUGUUUUCGAGAAAAUGUUCGCUCAUCAAAUGAAGGAAAAUAUUACAAAUAUUGUCGUAAUUGAGGAAAUUGAUCCCGAAGUUUUUAAGGAAAUGCUACGUUUUAUUUACACCGGAAAAAUCGAGAAUUCAAAGCAAGUUGCCUUUCGUCUUCACGAAUUGGCCGACAAGUACGAUGUCAAAAAAUUGCGAAUCAUUUGUGAACAAUAUUUGGAAAAUUAUUUAACAGUAAAGAAUGCAAUUGCAGUUCUACAACUUGCCGAUAGUCACAAUUCGGUGAAUUUGAAGAAAAAAAGCAUUAAUUUCAUUCAAAAGAAUUUUAAUGAAAUUGGAACAAUGGACGCUUUUAAAAACGUAAAACAAGAAUUAUUGUUGGAAUUACUCUUCGCCAUGAAUUCUCAAAAUUUAUGAGCAUCGAAAUCGUAAUUUUACGCAUUUGACAAUCAAGAGAUACUUUUUUUUUCAAUGAAAGUAGAAAAAAGACUAAUUUUAAUUUCUACUACCGAAUUAUGUCUUUAAUUUUUAAUACUCAGUUUUGUGUUUUAUUCUAGAAUUUUCGUUCAAUUGUUAAUGAAAAUAUUGUUAAUUAUUUUAUCAAAUUUGUGAUAAUUUAUUAUUAAGAAAAUGUUAAAAAUAUAAUUUUUAAGCGUGAACAAUGUUGAAGUAUUUGAAAUAUUUCAAAUAGAUUCUAAAAAGAAAAUUUCUCCAGACAAAGAAAUUCUAUAGAUAAAGUUUAAAUUGUUAUAUUUUAAAUGUAACAAAUAAAAAUAAAUUCUGUCCAAAAAUGUAAAAUUUUUAAAAAGUUUGUCAAAUUUAACUUAUAAUUUUUCGGAGAAUUUUUUAUUUUUUUUAAACGUUACAAACAGUCGAAUCGGUUAAAACUAUUGUCGACGAAAAAAUUUAAUUUUGUAAACACCGAAUUAAGAAUUGUAUUUUUGU